AUGGACAUUCCUCCAUCAAUGGAAUCGAGCUGCAUUAAUCAGUUUCUCGAGGGCAAGACCAUUUUCAUCACUGGUGCAACUGGCUACCUAGCAAAGAUUCUCAUUGAGAAGAUACUGCAAGUCCAGCCAAAUGUGAAGAAGCUCUACUUAUUAAUUAGAGCUCCAGAUUCAAAUUCAGCUAAAGAACGUUUUAACAACGAGGUUAUAAAGACGGAUCUUUUUGUCGUUCUAAGGGACAAGUUGGGUGCCAACCUACAUUCCCUUCUAGAAGACAAGAUUUUCUCAGUUGCUGGUGAUAUAGCUUGUGAUAGUUUGGGGACAAAUUCUGAGCUGAACGAUGAGAUGUGCAAAGAAAUAGACAUAAUUGUAAACUCAGCUGCAACAACUAGAUUUGAUGAAAGAUAUGAUACUGCAAUAAGAAUCAAUGCAUUGGGUACCUUGAAUGUUCUCAAAUUUUCCAAGCAAUCUGCUUUUAUGUGA